CACCACUUGAUGAGGUGGUGAUGGAUGUGGUGGGCCCCUUGAAGCUUGGAGCUGCUGGAGCUGAGUACUUUCUCACCAUUGUGGACGUCUACACUCGCAUGACUUGGGUGUAUGUGCUGCCCAAGAAGAGUGACGUAGCUGAAACGGGUACAACCCUUCGAACUCUCUUCGUCGCGGCGGCCAUCAAAGGAUGGGUGGUGCAGCAAAUGGACAUUGUAACGGCCUUCCUCAAUGGCGUUUUGGAGGAAGAGACCUACAUGGAGCAGCCAGAGGGGUACAAUGAUGGGAGUGGCAGAGAGGUGAUGCUGAAGCUUCAAGACAAGUUCAAGUGCAAGACCCUUGGUGACGUCAACUACUACCUUGGGCUUCACAUUGAGCGAGAUGUGGAGAAGCGGUGGAUGCGAGUGCAUCAAAAGAAGUACUUGGAGACCUUGGCUGCAAGCUUUGGGAAGAGUGAAGGUCAUGUGGCUACUCCUCUUCCCUCAGGGUUCAACCCCUUGGAGGGUUGGUUUCGAGACUCUUCAUGGUUGGGGACUCUGUGGUGGUGUACCACCAACCUGGACCUCGGCUCUGGGGGUAUGUAGAGGCUGGGAACCAUCUCCCUCUCGAACUCUUCUUGCUAAGUUUGUACUCCUAAGACUAUAGUGGCUG